AUGGCAGAUGCAGACGUCCCCCUGCCCACUUCCGCUGUACUGACAGCGGUGUCCAAGCAGGUUGGAAUCCGGUGUUCCAAGGUGAACCAGGCCUACAUGCAGUGCAAAGCGGAGCACAGCAAUCCAGCCGACUGCCUUGGCCCAGGAAACGAAGUGACAGGCUGCCUCGUGGACUUGCUCAAGGAGGUCCACGCCCAGACUCCUGCCGAAUUUAAGAAGUACUACGAGUGUCUCGACUACAACAGCAACAAGCUGCACAAGUGCCGCACGGAGCAGAAGGCCUUUGAGGCGGCCUUCAAGCCAAAGGCAUAA